UUUCAGUCAACAGUCUUUGAAAUGAAUUGGGUUAAGUUGUUGCUUCCACUGCUGGGGUCUUUGGUGGGCUGCCAGGGCGAUGGCCAUGCCAUUGACUCCGCCGAGCUGGUGACAAAUCCUUGCCAGGAGAUACGUCUGGCCGGCUUUGUCUGCGUCGAUUGCGCCACGCUCGGCUUCUGCUCGAACGUGGAUGGCCAGUGGCAAACGGUGUCCAUGACCAGCUGCCAGUCGGAGCGCGGCUUCUUCUGCAGCGAUGAGGGCUCCAUUGGGUGCACCUGGCAGCCAAAAUGCCAAGUGCCGGUGCGCGGCAAAUUCUACUGCCAGCAGCCGGGCAUAUUUCCGGAUCCGUACGACUGCCGCAGCUAUCACGAGUGCAGCGAACAGAACGUGGACACGCCACGUCAGUGCACCAAUGGCGCUGCCUACUCCCUGCUCACCAACAGCUGCAGCCUGCCGCGGGAGAGCGAACUCUGCUCGGAGAAGCAGUACAGCUGCAGCCACGUGGGCCAGACGGGCGCCUGGCCUGCCCACAACAGCUACUACUACAUCUGCCAGAAGGACAAGGUGGGCGCUCAAGAUGUCUUCUACCCGCUGAUGAUGAAGUGCAGCGAUGGCUACAGUUUCAAUGGCCACAGCUGCGUGCCGGACAACAAGAUCAAGCAGAUCGAGCCAGCCGAGCUGUGCGAGGAGGGUGCCCAUUUCGAUGCCAUCUCUGGCAUUUGCCGCAAAGAGUCAAAGACCUGUAUUGAGGGCCAGUAUUAUCCCGCCGAAACGAAUUCUGGCUUCUAUGUGUGUGCCAAUGGCCAGUUGGUCUACCAAUGGUGUGCAGAUGGCUCCUACUUUGAUCUGAGCCUCGGAGUGUGCGCCAGGGAGCGCAAAACCUGCGAGGAAUCGAAGCUCUAUGCUGCGGAAACUAAGCAUGGUUAUCUCCUAUGCAAAAAUGGCGAGCUCAUGAGCUACGAGUGCCCAGAGGGCUCCAUCUUUGAUGGCAUCAGCGCUGUGUGCAAGCCGCAGCAAUAG